AUGAUGGGGAUGUGCAGCCCACAGGUGGUUCAGGGGAGUCUUUAUGGCCAGCUGUUGCUGAAAGGUGAGGUAUCACUGAAGCAGGAGUGGAAGACAGACCAAAUGAUCAUGGAUUUUCCAGGACACUUUGAGCAAAUCUUUCAGCAGCUCAACUACCAGAGGCUUCAUGGCCAGCUUUGUGACUGUGUCAUUGUGGUGGGAAACAGGCAUUUCAAAGCCCAUCGCUCUGUUUUGGCAGCAUGUAGCACACAUUUCCGAGCUCUGUUUACUGUAGCAGAAGGAGAUCAGACUAUGAAUAUGAUUCAGCUGGACAGCGAAGUGGUGACAGCAGAAGCUUUUGCUGCUCUGAUAGACAUGAUGUAUACUUCCACACUAAUGCUUGGGGAGAGCAACGUUAUGGAUGUCUUACUGGCUGCUUCUCACUUACAUUUGAACUCUGUUGUUAAAGCGUGCAAACACUACCUUACUACCAGGACGCUGCCAAUGUCUCCACCGAGUGAUAGAGUUCAAGAGCAAAAUGCGCGCAUGCAGAGGUCUUUCAUGCUCCAGCAGCUUGGGCUGAGCAUCGUGAGCUCUGCGUUAAAUUCCUCUCAGAGCACAGAGGAACAACCAAAUACUAUGAGCUCCUCGAUGAGAAGUAACAUCGAGCAGCGCACUACUUUUCCUAUCCGUCGUCUCCACAAACGUAAACAGUCUUCUGAAGAUCGGGCCAGGCAGCGCAUCAGGCCUACCAUGGAUGAGUCUGUUUCCGAUGUGACCGCAGAGAGUGGGCAGUCAGUAGUUCAUUCACGGGAAGAUUUCUUCUCUCCUGAUUCACUCAAGAUUGUGGACAACUCUAAGGCCGAUGCUGUUGCUGAUAACCAGGAGGAUAAUACUAUUAUGUUUGAUCAGUCUUUCAGUGCUCAGGAAGAUGCUCAAGUGCCCAGCCAGUCUGACAACAGCGGAGGAAACAUUUCACAGAUGUCUAUGGCAUCCCAGGCAACGCAGGUGGAAACAAGCUUUGACCAGGAGGCUGCUUCUGAGAAGAACAACUUCCCAUGUGAGAAUCCAGAGGUCAGUCUGAACGAAAAAGAACACAUGAGGGUGGUGGUGAAGUCUGAGCCCUUGAGUUCCCCAGAACCUCAAGACGAGGUGAGCGAUGUCACUUCCCAAGCGGAGGGCAGCGAGUCUGUUGAAGUGGAAGGAGGAGUAGUGAGCACAGAGAAGAUAGAACUGAGUCCCGAGAGCAGUGAUCGUAGCUUUUCUGACCCACAGUCCAGUACUGACAGGGUGGGAGACAUCCAUAUUAUGGAGGUGUCAAAUAACCUGGAACACAAGUCUACUUUCAGUAUCUCAAAUUUUCUAAAUAAAAGCAGAGCCGGUGGCUUCGGUGCUAGUCAAAACAGCGAUGACAACAUUCCAAAUACCACCAGUGACUGCAGAAUGGACAGUGAUGCCUCUUAUCUGAUGAGUCCAGAGUCGGGGCCUGCUGGUGGCCAUUCAUCCGCCACUGUCUCUCAUGUUGAGAAUCCAUUUAGUGAGCCUGCAGACUCUCAUUUUGUUAGACCGAUGCAGGACGUGAUGGGUCUCCCCUGUGUACAGACUUCUGGGUACCGGGCGGCAGAACAGUUCGGCAUGGAUUUUCCACGGUCGGGCUUGGGCUUGCACUCCCUGUCAAGGGCAAUGAUGAGCUCAGUAAGAGGUGGAGCUAGCAGCUUUCCUGGCUACCGCCGCAUAGCCCCCAAAAUGCCUGUGGUGACCUCUGUCAGGAGCUCCCAGCUGCAAGAUAACUCGUCCAGUUCCCAGCUCAUCAUGAAUGGGACCACUUCUUUUGAAAACGGACAUCCGUCACAACCUGGUCCGCCACAGCUGACCAGGGCAUCUGCAGAUGUCCUUUCAAAAUGCAAGAAGGCCUUAUCUGAGCACAACGUCUUGGUUGUAGAAGGUGCGCGCAAGUAUGCAUGCAAGAUCUGCUGCAAGACAUUUUUGACCUUGACAGACUGCAAGAAACACAUCCGUGUGCACACCGGAGAAAAGCCUUACGCCUGCCUGAAGUGUGGCAAGAGGUUCAGCCAGUCCAGCCACUUGUAUAAACAUUCCAAGACAACCUGCCUGAGGUGGCAGAGCAGCAAUCUGCCUAGCACUUUGCUUUAA